AUGAAACCUUUUGUGUUCAGUAGAUAACAUUCUCAUGAUAGAGCUACAUUCAUUUACUCGUCCGAAUUAACUACAACAUUAGAAAAAUAAUUCAUAUUCCUUAUAAUUUCAACUUUCAUACACCUAAUCUGACCAGGGUACUCGUUAUUUGGCCACUCUCAUAAGAAAUAAAUGAAAUUGGCCAAUUCAAGAACUGAAGCUAAAUCUCUGGCCGAAGCUGGUUCUGGAGGUUUAUAUUGGCCAACGAGGUUUUCGAAGCGAAAAAAUGGUUUCAACUCAGUUCUGAUAUUUUUCGCACAUAAUAUUGAUUGAAAGCUUGCCUUUGACAUGUCUGUAGUAUAAGAAGGGCUUCCCACAUAAAUUUCAAAUAUAUUUUCUCUUUGGCUGGCCAAAAUUGGUGCCUUUACCCUAUUGUUUUCCUAAACGAAUUUUCAUUCAAUUUUGUUGAUUGACUACUUUGGUCUUUCGAAAGAUUAUAGAAUUAUAAAAAAAUAUAUAUGGUACGGCUACUGUAUUUCCAAGAUAUGGUAAACGUUUGUCACCCUUUUCUGAUCGGGAAUUCAGUACCAUUGUGUUUCGACAGUCGAUAUUUAAGCAAGAACUACGCAUACACGAUUUCAGUCCAUUUGAAAACAUGGCAAAGUUACUUGUUCUGCUAGUGUUAGCAAUACUCGGUGCUGUGGCCAACAGUGCCAGUAAUGAAAGAUGUUCAGGAUUCGGUUAUGAACUUCUAAUGGCAAAGUUGAAGUUCAUGGAAGAGAAAUUACUUGAACUCCAAUCCAAUGGGGGAUCGAAAAAGGAAGGAAAAUUCCGGCUACACAAUCGAGACCUCAAAGAACGGAAUCUUCCGCAGCAAAUCAGGAGCGUAUUGGAUCUGCAAACGGAUACUUUGUACGCUGCCUUCAUGACGAGCCUGCGGAAACUGCCAUCCAACACUACCAAACUGUGGCAUGCGUAUUUGGAAGGAAAGCUCCUGAAGUCGUGCCAGCAGUCUAGAAAGAAAGUUUCAGGACGCUUUUGGUUGAGUGACCAUGGAUUCGAAGUCCACUGUGAACUAGCUCAGUACGGUGGUGGCUGGACUGUGAUUCAGAACAGAUUCGACGGAUCGGUGAACUUCUCCAGGGGUUGGGACGACUACAAGGAAGGCUUUGGCGAUCUGGACGGCGAGUUUUGGUUGGGACUGGAUAAGAUCUACCAACUGACCUCAACAAAGAAGUGCGAACUUUUGGUUCACCUGGAAGACUUUGAUGGAUUGGCUAAAUUUGCUCACUACGUUCGGUUCGCCAUCGGCAGUGAAGAUGACAAAUACAAGUUGGCUAAAUUGGGUAGAUACAAUGGGACCGCCGGAAAUGCCUUAGUUGGACAUAAAGGAUUUUCGUUCAGUACUGCUGACUCAGAGUUUGUUGGUGCGCAUUGUUCUAGAACUGAACCAUCUGGAUGGUGGUAUCCCAGAUGCUAUUUUUGCAAUUUGAAUGGAUUAUACCGGAAUGUGAAAGACGUAGAUGCAAUGACGUGGUAUAGUUUCCAUAGUUAUUAUCGUGGACUGCGUGUUUCAAAGAUGAUGAUUCGAGAGAUUUAAAUUAAGUUCAGAUUUAAUAAUGAUGCUAAGUUGCUACCUGUAAUGUAAACGAAGACUAUUAUAGACGGAUUUCACGCCAACUCGACACGCGAUUGGCAGCACCCUUUCAGAAUUCAAUGAAACUUUCUGGAU